CAGGGUGCUGCAUUGCUCCCUCCUACUUAUGCAAUAGGAGCUGCGGCGGCAACAGCCUUUUAAUCAGCCUUGUUUCCGAAGCACUCUUUUCCCUUGACCCGUGUUAGUUUCCCGGUCCAGGUUCAAUAAAGUUGCCAGGUGAUUGAUUGACUUUAUGGCAGAUCAUAAGAAGCACAUAAUCUUGAUGGUUUCAGAUUUUUUUUAUCCCAACUUUGGUGGCGUGGAAAACCACAUCUAUUACCUAUCACAAUGUCUGUUAAAGCUUGGUCACAAGGUGGUGGUUAUGACUCAUGCCUAUGGCAAUCGCACUGGGGUCAGAUACAUGACUGGUGGCUUGAAAGUUUAUUAUGUACCGUGGCGACCAUUUCUUAUGCAGAACACUUUACCAACCUUUUACGGGACACUUCCAAUUAUAAGGACUAUUCUUAUUCGAGAAAAAAUAUCUUUGGUGCAUGGUCAUCAAGCUUUCUCGACUCUAUGUCAUGAAGCUUUGAUGCAUGCACGUACUAUGGGAUACAAAGUUGUUUUCACUGAUCAUUCACUCUAUGGAUUUGCUGAUGUUGGAAGCAUUCAUAUGAACAAAGUCUUGCAGUUUACUCUAGCCGAUGUUAGCCAGGCUAUCUGUGUUUCUCAUACGAGCAAGGAAAACACAGUGCUUCGAUCAGGUCUACCUCCAGAAAAGGUCUUUGUGAUACCAAAUGCUGUGGACACUGCAAUGUUCAAGCCCGGUCCUGAGCGACCUUUGGGUAAUGAAAUUGUUAUUGUUGUCAUAAGUAGAUUGGUUUAUCGGAAGGGGGCAGACUUACUCGUUGAAGUCAUUCCAGAAGUUUGCCAUUUGUAUCCGAAUGUUCGUUUUGUUGUUGGUGGAGAUGGGCCUAAACGUGUGCGGCUGGAGGAGAUGAGAGAGAAGCAUUCUCUUCAAGAUCGAGUUGAAAUGUUGGGGGCUGUGCCCCAUGCUCGUGUACAGUCUGUCCUGAUUUCUGGCCAUAUAUUCUUAAACAGUUCAUUAACAGAAGCAUUCUGCAUAGCAAUAUUAGAGGCUGCUAGCUGUGGAUUAUUAACAGUCAGUACACGUGUAGGAGGUGUCCCAGAGGUUCUACCGGAUGACAUGAUCGUACUUGCAGAACCAGACCCUGGUGAUAUGGUGCUAGCAAUUAGAAAGGCAAUUUCUCUUCUUCCAAAAAUUGACCCACAAGUUAUGCAUGAGCGUAUGAAGAAACUCUACACUUGGCAUGAUGUUGCCAAAAGAACAGAGAUUGUAUAUAACCGUGCUUUGAAAUGUCCAAAUCAAAAUCUCUUAGAGCGACUUUCACGGUAUCUCUCCUGUGGUGCUUGGGCAGGAAAGCUUUUUUGCUUGGUUAUGAUAAUCGAUGUUUUGCUUUUGCGUCUAGUGCAGUUGUGGCAGCCAGAAGAGGAUAUUGAGGAGGUGCCUGAAUUUACUGUUUCCAAUAAUCACCAAGACUAGAGAGAUGUUCUUGAACUCCGGUGAGGCCCAAAGCUUGAGAUUAUAUAAUCUGAAAAGUUAGUUUUAGCGCAUGUGUUGUAUCCGAUUUGUCUCUGAAGCAUAUAUCCUAACUGGAGUGAAUUUAGUUAAUCAUCCCUUGAAAGGUGAAAGAGCUCCCAAUUUAGCAUUAUGGUACUUUUUUAGCAAUAUCUCAAUAACCCCUCUUAUAGGCUCUGUUUGGAACUAUUUAUUUUGCAAGAAAAAAAAAAAUUCAAAUGAUUUUUUGUGAA